CACAGCAACGGCACAACAUAUGCCAUGGCCAGCAGCUUUUUUGACAUACGGGCACGCAAGGCCGCAGCUGCAGAUGCAGGCUCGUCGAAACAGCCCGCAAAGCCAGAAUCGAAUCGUCUCCAGCCAUGGGUAGAGAAAUACCGGCCAAAGACUCUUUCGGAUGUCACGGCGCAGGAUCACACAAUUACUGUCCUCCAACGAACGCUUCAAGCGUCUAACCUCCCACACAUGCUCUUCUAUGGCCCCCCGGGUACGGGCAAGACCAGUACCAUCCUCGCGCUGGCAAAGCAGCUUUACGGACCCGAACUAUUCCACUCGCGUGUACUCGAGCUCAACGCAUCCGACGAACGAGGAAUAAGCAUCGUGCGUGAGAAGGUCAAGGAUUUCGCUCGCCAACAGCUGUCCAACCCACCCUCGGGGCCAGCAGGCGUUGAAUACAGGAAGAAAUAUCCCGUCCCACCUUUCAAGAUCAUCAUCUUAGAUGAGGCGGACAGCAUGACGCAAGAUGCGCAGAGUGCGCUUCGGCGGACUAUGGAGACGUAUAGUAAGAUCACCCGCUUUUGCUUGGUCUGCAAUUACGUGACGCGAAUCAUCGACCCGUUGGCGAGUCGAUGCAGCAAGUUCCGUUUCAAGAGCUUAGACAAGAGCAAUGCAGGAAAAAGACUGGAGGAGAUUGCGCAAUUGGAAGGUGUUGGGCUUGAAGUCGGCGCUGUGGAUGCGCUAGUCAAGUGCUCUGAUGGAGAUUUGCGCAAGGCAAUUACGUAUCUCCAGAGUGCCGCUCGACUGGUUGGCGCCAUGGCUGCUAACGGGAAAAGAAAUUCGGACGAGGAUGCUAUGGUAGUGGACGAUGUAGCUGCGGAAAAGAUUACUGUGCGUAUGGUCGAAGAAAUCGCCGGCGUGAUCCCGGACGAUACAAUUCAGAGCCUGCUACAGGCUAUGCAGCCACAAAAGAAUGGAUCGAGCUACGGCGCGGUAUCCAAAGUGGUUGAAGAUCUUGUUGCAGAUGGCUGGAGUGGCGCGCAGGUGCUGGCGCAGUUAUACGACAAAGUCAUCUACGAGGAAACGAUUCCAGACCUGAAGAAGGGCAGAAUAGCCAUGGUGUUCUCUGAGGUCGACAAGAGACUGAUUGAUGGUGCAGAUGAACAUUUGAUGAUGCUGGAUAUGGCCCUGCGGAUAUCCGACAUUCUUGCUAGCAAGUGAGCAGCAACCUUAUACGGUGGCAAUUCGAGGCCUGGAUCUGCUACAUAACAUGUGAACUCAUCGAAUGCGAUAUACUCGGGAACAUGCGCCAACUAGUGCCGACAAUAUGAUACAACCGGGAGUCAAUGCUUGAGUAGGAAUGGUUGUGAAAAAUGAAGGUCAUGUAAGACUACAAGGAAGAUUUCGAACUCCACAAGUAUGAGGAUGAAAUGCUGGCGCUCAGAUAUGAAGAUGUUCUGUUGGUAAAUCCAGCAACAUUCGCCGUGCUUCAAGGCCAUGUAAAUGUAAAAAUCUCCUCGUUCGUUGCCCCCACACUCUCUACCCAAUUCUUCAUGCUUUCGAGCAAC